GCAAAAUAAGGCACCAGGCAGAGAGAAUGAGAGAGAGAGAUGAAAUGCACUGACAGGCACGGAGCUUUCCUGUCACUGAAAACUAACGGGUGGAAAGCACAGCACAUGUUGUACUCAUGGAGUAGAUUCACCACCUAUGCUCUACAAUGGACACAAAGACAGAUACGACACAUGAUAACCACAUGGAAGGAGUGAAGACGGAGAUGGAGAAUAAGCAAAAGACGGAUAAUGACUUUUCUGCCAGGCUGUCGGACGAGACCCACCAACACCUGACGAUCAGUGAAGGCCCCUCCAGCAGCUGCAGGAAGGUCAGAGUCAGACCCAGGCCCAGACUCCAGUGGAUGAAGAGCUUCCCUCCUUACAACCAGUGUAUAGGUGGAUUAGGAGCAGAUGGAGAGUGGGACAAUGAGCACAACUCAGAGACAGGUGUCCCUCACCAGCAGCGUCUCACACAUAAUGAGGUUAAGAAGGAGGAUGGGAAUGAGGUCGUCCAAGGCACGGAGAGGAAAGAAGAUGUAGAGCUGACUCCAAGGUGUGCGAGUAAUGAAGUGAAGGCAAAAUGGAGGGCGAGGAGGAAGGAGAGGUUAGGGGGAAGCUACGAGGCCGACACAGACAGAUGGGAGAGAGGAAGGUGGAGUGGGAAAAGAAGAGUGGAGGAGACUGGAAGAGAAAGGGAGUGUGACGAUAAGGGAAGGGAAGGGGGCUCAAACAGUGUGUGGAAACACUGGAGGAGCAGAAACACAAGUCUUGAAGCAGAGAUAAAAGAAGAGGGGGGUGAAGGGAGGAAGAGAUCUUCCAUGCCUGUAGCGGAGGGGGAGAACGAGGGGAGCGGGGAAACCCUUGAGGGGAAGGAUGAGGGGGGUGAGGAGCUGCCAGGUGUGAGAGGGGGCUCCACAACACAUCAGUGGUCCACCCCACAUCCAAUCCUCUCCAAGCUUUUGCACUCCUCCUCCUCCACUUCCUCCUGCUCCUCCAUCAACCUCUCCUCACCGGAGAGCGACGAGGUCUUCAGCGAGGGAGAGGAUGUUGGGAAAAAGAGGAAGACGCUCAGGAAGUGCCGCUCCUGGAAAACCUACCUGACCAUGAUGCACUUUUCGCUGCGGCGGCAGAGCUCAUGGGUCCAGCUGGCUGGACAUCAAGGUAACUUCCAGCUGAGUGAGGGAGGGGAGGUGCUGAAACUGUACAGUGAGGUGGAGGCAAACUGUCUGGACUGCCUGAUGAGAGACCCACUGAGACCCUUUGUCCCGCAGUACCAUGGCAUGGUCACCAGGGGGGAGCACUGCUAUAUCCGCCUGGAGGACCUGCUGAGCGGCCUGAGGCGACCCGUUAUCAUGGACUGCAAGAUGGGAGUCAGGACUUACCAGGAGGAGGAGCUGGUCAAAGCUCGGACCAAAGCCACCCUGAGAAAUGACAUGUACCAGAAGAUGGUGAAAAUAGACCCAUCAGCUCCGUCAGCGGAGGAACACGCACAGAAAGGUGUGACUAAGUGGCGCUACCUUCAGUGGAGGGACACAACCAGCUCCACAUCCACACUGGGCUUCAGGAUAGAGGGCAUCAUGAUGGAGGAUGGCAGUGUCCAACGGGACUUCAGGAAAAUUCUGACUUUAGCUCAGGUCACUGAGGCCUUGCUCUACUUCACCAGGAGUCAGCUGGGCAUCCUGAAAGCCUACCACUCCAGACUCCUGGCUCUGAGCGAUGCACUGACAAAUUCACCAUUUUUCAGAACCCAUGAGGUGAUUGGCAGCUCACUUCUCUUCGUCCACGACCACAGCAGCAAGGCCAGUGUGUGGAUGAUAGACUUUGGGAAGACAACCCCUGCGCCCGACACAAGCAAACUCCGGCACAAUGUCCCGUGGGCUGAGGGGAGCAGGGAGGACGGCUACCUCAUCGGCCUGACCUCCCUCAUCACUUCUCUGGCGCAGGCCAUCAGCGUGGUCUCCUGGCAGCAGGAGGACAGCAGUGGAGAGGAGAAGAGUGUUACAUGAGCAGACGGAGGGUUGUGGUUGAGACCUGGAGACCUGGCUGUUACACUUUGAACUGUUGUCUCAUUUCAUUUGCUGGAAGAGACACCAGAGGAGGAUUUGUUUAUGUGCUCACAGGUUGAGGAAGAACAAGGUAUUUCAGUUCAGCUAAAAUCCAUAGAAAUGUGAUGUGGUACAUCUGGCAUGUACAUACUGUAACAGUAGAGACAGUGUUGUUGUUACACACUCAGAGACUUUUUCUCCAUUUUAUUUCCUUUUUUUAAUCAUUUUGUAAAGGACCAAAAAUACAAAGGUUCUUUAUCUGCUGAUUUCUUAACACAAUGCUGAUGAGCUGUUUUUUGUUAAUUGUUGGGUUGUUCUGCAAAAACCCAAAGAUCUCACCUGUGUUGAAACAUAUGAUAGGCUUAUUUGUUUGAAUAAUGAAUCACACACAAACACAAACACACACUAUGGUUGAACAGCCUCAUGCCUUACCUGUAAGUGAGUCUGUCUUAGACCGUAGAUGCCAAUAGAUGUUGUGAUAUUCAUAUCUGGUGCCUGAAUUAUUUCCAUAUGCUGCAGCUGAAAUGUUGUGUGUUAGUCUUAAAGGCCGUGUACAGUUAAAUGAUACAAAACACCUUCACAUAUCAGGUGGUCCAAGCUAUGUGAAAUAAACAAUGAAGGCUUUGUUCA